CAUGCAUAUCUUUGCAUUCUUGCAUGUAUUAACUGCACACAAACACGCACGCACGCCCAUAUACGCACACACACUCUAAAUCUAUAAUUACAUCCAUGCAUAUGGACAGCACGGGGACAUUAUUAUACAUCACAUCACACCGCGUUACGUGGGGUCCUUUCCAGCGAUGCACUUGCUCGCGUUCUCCGUUUCUGACCCAUAGGAUCGUACAUUUUGACUUGCACGCGCUGAUUUGAGUCUGUCAUCACUGCGGACACAUUGCAAUAUGCAGUGAAGCCCUGACGCGAACACUAUGGGUCCAGGUAGCCUACAUCCUAUCCGAAUAUUGCCAUCAUUGGAGAUUUUUCAGCACCAUCCCGACAUGCGAGGUAUGUGGGAUGUAGAUAAAAGAAGCGCAUGAUGUGGCUUUCCCUCGAGGAUGUUUGCUGAUGGACAGACCUUUGAUUUUAAGACUGACAGUCUUCUGGUAAUAAAAAGAAGAACCUGGAACAUACAAUCAGUUUACCUUCUGGAUAUCAGCAAAUCUGUCAGGCCAGAGUAUGCCAUCUGCACCAACUUACAGAAUCCUACGACCCCUCCUGCUUGGUAUCUUUUUAUUAGGAUGCUUUGUGACUUUGUUUUUAAUGUACAUCAAACCGUCUACGAGCUGGUUGUCAGGCCCGGUCGAGUCAGAAACGUCCACAGCCCGAGUGAAGAGCCUCCUUUCCACCAGAAGUGAACAGAACCAGACCACCAUCCUUGUUUGGCUUUGGCCUUUCGGUGAAACGUACGACCUGAACGUCUGUAGCUCUUUGUUCAAUAUUGAUGGCUGCUUCCUCACUGCCGACCGAAACCUUUACAACAAAUCUGACGCCGUGGUCAUACAUCACAGGGACAUCACCAGCGACCUGUCCAACAUGCCACCUACAUAUCGGCCCACGUUGCAGAGAUGGAUUUGGAUGAACUUCGAAUCACCUUCGCAUUCAUCUCAGUUACCUGGAAUUGAAAACCUGUUUAAUUUGACUCUAAACUAUCGGCGGGAUGCUGAUAUAGAAGUGCCUUAUGGAUCGAUUGUCGGGGCCCAAGGAGAGGAGGACUUCGUGCCACCAAGCAAGAACAAGCUGAUUUGUUGGAUCGUCAGCAAUUGGAACCCAGACCACGUCAGAGUGAAAUACUACAAUGAACUAUACAAGCACAUCGAGGUUCAUGCAUACGGACAAGCAUUUGGUGAGUACAUUUCCGACCAGGACUAUUUCCCUACAAUUGCAAGCUGUAAAUUCUAUUUGGCAUUCGAGAACUCAAUUCACAAAGACUAUAUCACUGAGAAAUUGUACAACCCACUUUCCAUCGGCACUGUACCCGUGGUGCUUGGACCACCAAGGGAGAACUAUCAGAACUUUGUGCAGGGAAAUGCUUUCAUCCACGUUGAUGACUUCCCAUCUCCAAAGGAGCUGGCUGAUUACCUCCUGUUCCUUGAUAAAAAUGAGGAGCUUUACCUGAAGUACUUUGACUGGCGUAAACACUUUAAGGUGAAAAAGGCAUACUUCUGGGCUGAACACACGUGUCUGGCUUGCGAUUACAUUAGAAGGCACAAUGAGUACAAAUCAAUUAACAAUCUUGACAAAUGGUACUGGGGUUAAUCCACAACUGAAACACUGGACUGGCUUAAUGAAAGUUGCUUGACAAUAAGAGCUUCAUGUAACUUCAUGAGGGUUAGUCGUGAGCACUUACAGACUUUUAUUUUUGUAAAAUGUAAAAAAAGUAGAUGUACAUUUAUUUUGUGUUUGGUUUCAUGUGUUUAUUAAUCUGGAUGCAAAUGAUGCAUUUUAGAGUUUAAUAAGUUUGAAACUCUGUCAUUCUCUGUAAAAACUGAAAAUCUGUCACUUAAAUACGUACUUGUCGUUCCAGUCUUGUAUGACCUUUUUUCUUCUGUGGAACACAUACACACAAACAUAUUUUGUAAAUUAUAUUUUAGAUGCAAAUCAUGCAUUUUAGUGUUUAAUAAGUAUAUAUUUAUUGGGAAAGAAGAUUUUAACCAAAAUGCACAAUUUGCAUUAGAAGGGACAGUUCACCCAAAAAUCAUUUACACAGCCUCAUGUCAUAAAAAAAGUCAUAAUUUUAUUUUUUAUUCUUCAGGGGAAACAAAAAAACAACAGCUGAUACAUAAACUCAGAAUUCUGAGAAACAAAGUCUGAAUUGUGAGAUACUGUAUAAACGAAGAAGAGAGAUAUGUAAACUUGUUAAGGAAACUGUUAGAAUUUAUGAGUUUGAAAAAAUGGGCUUCCAUAGUUUUUUUUUCCAAUACAGUGAAAGUUAAUGGGGUCCAAAAUA